AUGGAUGAUGUUGGGGGGCGAUGGAUGAUGUCAGCGGCGGACCAGUGCUGUAAGGGCGGGGCAGAUGAUAUAAGGGGCGGAACUGAAGACGUGAUUCUCAGUGAUGAAGAGUAUGAUUACUCUGUGGAUUAUUACUCGCUGGGUGUAACGCUGUUUCAGAUUUCCACUGGACUGAAAGUAGACCAAUUAUAUACCCCAGAGGCUAAAGCUGAAAUAAACAAACUUAGCCCUGAGCUCCGGGACUUUAUCCUGAAGCUUCUGUGUGGUAAUCCCGAGAAAAGGAUGGAAUUUGUCAGCUCCAUGAAGAGUCACCCUUUUCUUGAGCCCAUUAACUGGGAGGCCCUGGAAAGUGGAAAACUUAAACCACCAUUCACAAUGGUGCUACUAGCACGAGAGUUAGACACAAAGCAGUUGAUAGCAGUAAAAGUGGCUGCGAAGAGCAAAGUACUGGAAUUUGUGUCUAGCGUUAUGAUUGAGAUGGAAAUACUAAAAGCUGCCCAGGACUGCGAGUUCCUCACGCCAGAAUACGUCACUUUUCAGUCUAAGGACGACAUUUAUUUCGUGAUGGAAUAUUUAUCAGGAGCUCCUUGUAUACAUUUUAUCAGCAGGAAAAACCCCUUAAUAUGGAAACCAUUCGUAAGUGGCAGAGAAAGUUUCUGGCAGCCGAAAUCAUUUGCGGACUGGAUUUCCUUCAUGCGCGGGGAUAUAUCCAUCGACCUGAAACCAGACAAUAUUCUGCUGGAUGGCAGGGGUCAUGCCAAGAUAGCCGAUUUUGGCCUGGCUACUCGCAUCGUUAAUGGAAAAGCCAAAGGCUGCGCUGGAACCCUAGGAUAUGUGGCUCCGGAGAUUCUCAGUGAUGAAGAGUAUGAUUACUCUGUGGAUUAUUACUCGCUGGGUGUAACGCUGUUUCAGAUUUCCACUGGACUGAAAGUAGACCAAUUAUAUACCCCAGAGGCUAAAGCUGAAAUAAACAAACUUAGCCCUGAGCUCCGGGACUUUAUCCUGAAGCUUCUGUGUGGUAAUCUCGAGAAAAGGAUGGAAUUUGUCAGCGCCAUAAAGAGUCACCCUUUUCUUGAACCCAUUAACUGGGAGGCCCUGGAAAGUGGAAAACUUAAACCACCAUUCACAAUGCCUCAACCUAAAAUAUUAGGCAAAGGUGUGCCAUAUACGACGCUGAUGAGCUUCAAUGCAAAGACUGUUCCCAUCAGUGAGAGUCAACAGGGACUAUUCAAAGGCAUACCAUUUGUGAAAUUGUGA